GAUGCCCUGAGCUAUUCUGUGGAAAGUAAUGACAAAUGGAACGGGAGACAGCUACUGCAAGCGAAUGAGGAGAAUGUGACUGACAUCCCAGAGGAUGGGGGGCAGCCAUACGUCAGAAAUUGCACUGAACCAGCUCUCCAUGAAUUCCCCAGUGACAUCUUCACAAAUGAGGACAGGAGACAUGGAGCUGUGGUCCUGCACGUCCUUUGUGCCGUGUAUAUGUUUUAUGCCUUGGCAAUUGUCUGUGAUGAUUUCUUUGUCCCUUCAUUGGAAAAGAUUUGCGAACGCUUGCAUCUUAGCGAAGAUGUGGCUGGGGCAACUUUCAUGGCAGCGGGAAGCUCUGCUCCUGAGUUGUUUACAUCUGUCAUAGGUGUUUUUAUCACAAAAGGAGACGUAGGUGUUGGAACCAUCGUAGGCUCGGCUGUAUUUAACAUUCUCUGUAUUAUUGGCGUGUGUGGGCUUUUUGCAGGACAGGUCGUUGCACUGUCAUCGUGGAGUCUCUUGAGAGAUUCAAUCUACUAUACACUGUCUGUUGUUGCACUCAUUGUGUUUAUUUAUGACGAAAAAGUUUCCUGGUGGGAGUCCUUAAUCUUAGUGCUGAUGUAUGUCAUCUACAUCGUUAUCAUGAAGUACAACUCAACCAUCCAUCACUGCUUUGAAAGGAAGACAAAAAACUCUGCAAAUAUGGUGAAUGGUUUAGCAAAUAACACAGAAAUGGACGAUAACAGCAACUGUGAUGCCACAGUGGUAUUACUAAAGAAAGGUAACUGUUCCAGAAAUUUCCAUCGUAAAGCCUCUGUGAUCAUGGUGGAUGAGCUGCUGUCUGCCUACCCACACCAGCUUUCAUUUUCUGAGGCUGGCCUCCGGAUCAUGAUAACCAGCCACUUCCCUCCCAAAACACGUCUCUCCAUGGCCAGCCGCAUGUUAAUCAAUGAGAGACAAAGGCUGAUCAACAGUAGGACUUACACCAAUGGUGAGUCAGAAGUAGCAAUCAAAAUACCUGUCAAGCACGUGGUUGAGAAUGGAACAGGCCCCAGCAACUCUGCCGACCGGGGCGUGAACGGCACACGGCGGGACGAAGACAUGGCUGAGGCUGGAAACGAGACAGAGAAUGAGAAUGAGGAUAACGAGAACAAUGAAAAUGAUGAGGAAGAGGAAGAAGAUGAUGACGAUGAUGACCAUGAAGGGCCAUACACACCUUUCGACCUACCCACUGGCAAGAUAGAAAUCUUGAAGUGGCUCUUCACAUGGCCAUUGAGUUUUGUCCUGUACUUCACAGUGCCCAACUGUAACAAACCCCACUUGGAAAAAUGGUUCAUGGUUACCUUUGCUUCUUCUACCCUCUGGAUUGCAGCUUUCUCCUACAUGAUGGUGUGGAUGGUGACAAUCAUUGGCUACACUCUGGGAAUUCCAGAUGUGAUCAUGGGCAUCACUUUCUUGGCAGCUGGAACCAGUGUGCCAGACUGCAUGGCAAGCCUUAUCGUAGCAAGGCAAGGUAUGGGAGAUAUGGCUGUGUCCAACUCCAUCGGAAGCAAUGUUUUUGAUAUUUUAAUUGGCCUAGGCCUCCCAUGGGCUUUGCAGACCCUAGCAGUGAAUUAUGGAUCAUACAUUCGGUUAAACAGCAGAGGACUUAUCUAUUCUGUUGGUCUCCUGCUGGCAUCUGUUUUUGUCACAGUUUUUGGCGUCCACAUGAACAAAUGGAAACUGGAUAAGAAGCUAGGGUGUGUGUGCCUUUCCCUUUACGGCAUCUUCCUGUGUUUCUCCAUCAUGACAGAAUUCAAUGUUUUCACAUUUGUGAACUUGCCGAUGUGCAGAGAUCACUAAUGCAGGUGGCAGACUGUCGGGAGGAUCUUCCUUCUUACCUGUGCAAUACAAACCACGGCUGGCAUCUCCUGAAUGCGGUGCACCUCCAAGUCGUGAUGUAUAUCCUGUUCACUGUUCAUAAGACCUGUGGCCCCAUCUAGGUCUGCCCUCUCCCUGACUCCCCCACAACCUGGAAAAAUCCUGCAUCGAUGUGAAGAUUAUUUUUUUCAACAUUCAUGUGAUUUCCUAGCUCAGUUUUUGAACAGUGUGACUGGGACUCUAGAUGAACUGGCUGCUAACUGGCAUCAAGCCAGGCAAAACUGGUCUGCUACAAUUCCUUUUUUUUUAAGUUAUUUGAUGGAAGACUAAUCUAAUUUAUGACUUAAGACUAUUGCUACAAUGCAGAAGAGGGUACAUCAUACAGGGGCUGAUUUUCAAGGAGAUUCAUGGGAAUUUUUUUGGUUUGUGGUUUUUUUUUUUCCUUGGUUUGUUUGG